UGAAUACGCGCCGGGGGUGGUUAGUCGAUGGUACGGUGUGCGAACGUGAAAAAUUGCAAUUUCAACUGUGUUUCCCUUGGUACCCAUUGUGUGAAUUGCAUUCGAAGGGACCGAUAAUCUAUAUUCUUUUUUUUGCCUAACAAUUCCUUGGGAAAUAAUUGUAGCAAUAAGAGUGAAGCGCCAGGGAACCGAUCGUGGAACUGCAGCGUACAAUACGCACGCGGUGUCUAAAAAUGGCGAAAGUGUUUCGCGCGGUGACAGUAUCGACUUUGUCAAAUAAUGGACAGUCAACACCGAAAUACAAUAAGCCGGUUACGCUCAAUAUCAACUAUGAUCCGCAAGGACUUAGUGCUGAAUUCCUCGCAGGGGAUCCAAAUGGGAGGGAUAAGACAUCAUUGUUGGAGUUUCCAAUAACUCCCAGUACCGAAUGCUCUAGAGUAUCAUCGCGAAGUUAUGUAUUCACAUUAGACACAGAUAGUUUACUUAUAUCAUUUGGCAAUGAAACGGAUUUUCGUAACUUCCAUUCACAAAUACUGAAACUUAAAAAUGGCAAAGGUAUAUCUGCAUUUAAUGAGAGGACAGAAGAAUCUUCGGCAAUGCAGUACUUUCAGUUUUAUGGAUAUCUUUCACAGCAGCAGAAUAUGAUGCAAGAUUACAUUAGAACUAGUACAUACCAGCGCGCAAUUCUGGGAAAUCUGUCAGAUUUCAAAGACAAAGUAGUGUUAGAUGUAGGUGCAGGUUCUGGAAUAUUAUCAUUUUUCGCAGUUCAAGCAGGUGCAAAAAAAGUAUAUGCAGUAGAAGCAAGUAAUAUGGCAAAUCAUGCGGAGCUGCUUGUUGCUGCAAAUAACUUAUCGGAUAAAAUUAUCGUCAUAGCUGGUAAAAUAGAAGAAAUCGAUUUACCUGAACUAGUAGACUGUAUAGUUAGUGAACCCAUGGGUUACAUGUUAUACAAUGAAAGAAUGCUUGAAACUUACCUACAUGCCAAGAAGUGGUUAGUUCCAGGUGGAAGAAUGUUUCCUUCACGCGGUGAUCUUCACAUUGCACCGUUUUCCGACGAGAACCUUUAUAUGGAGCAGUUUAAUAAAGCUAACUUUUGGUAUCAAACGUGUUUCCAUGGCGUCGAUCUCUCGGCAAUGAGGAAUAACGCGAUUAAAGAGUAUUUUAGGCAACCAAUUGUUGAUACCUUUGAUAUAAGAAUUUGUAUGGCUAAAUCUGUCAGACAUAUAGUAGACUUCCAAACAGCUAAUGAGACUGAUUUACAUAAAAUAGAAAUCGAUGUCGAUUUUCACAUAUUAGAAAGUGGCACGUGUCACGGGCUUGCAUUUUGGUUCGAUGUUGCAUUUAUUGGGUCGACGCAACAGGUUUGGUUAAGUACGGCACCUACAGAACCUCUUACACACUGGUAUCAAGUGCGUUGUCUCUUAGAGAAUCCUUUAUUUUGUAAAAGUGGUCAACUGUUAUCUGGAAAGGUCAUUCUUAUAGCGAACAAAAGACAAUCAUACGAUGUGACAAUAGAUUUGAAACUUGAAGGAACGAACAUGGAAAGCAGUAGUAAUACUUUGGAUUUGAAGAAUCCGUACUUCAGAUACACUGGCGCGGCGGCUCAACCUCCCCCGGGUUUAAAUAACACUUCGCCUAGUGAAUCCUAUUGGACAACUUUAGAUGCACAGGGUGCUAGACAAGCAGUUAACAUGGUUAAUGGAAUGUCAGUGAAUGGUCUAGGAGAAGUUUCAAUGGAUGCAACAGGGGCAGUAAAUUCCAGCAAUUUACUUGCAAUAGGUGGCCAACCAAAUAUUCAUCCCGGUUCAAUUUCGAGCACUGGACGGGGACGGGUAGGUGGUACAGCGACGAGUACGCAAGCAGCGCAAUUAAUAGGUGGUGGAAUCACUCCGAACAUGUUCACAUCUCCCGCUACGCUUGGUGUUACUUUCCAGCAAUCGCUGGUCCUUGGCAAUACUUCACAUUAUCCAGUGAAUCCGAGCUUGAUGAUCGGGGAUUACGUGACACCUGGUAACGGCAUAUCGUCUCAAACGUACCGACAAUGAUCAAUGGCAAAAUCAUUUUGCACCCACUAUUCCUAUACGGCGAAACAGUUGAACGACCGGCACACCGCCAGCAGUAACGGGGAUAUCUGUAACGACAAACAGUGCCGGAAGUUGGUGUUCAGUUCUCCAGCAAGCAAAUUACGGCUCUCGUCUGCCGUUCGUAUUUUACACGCGGUCAAUCUGGUCAGUCUUCAUUCGAACAUUGGCCAUACGAGUAACAGCUACAGCAACGAUUUUGCAUAUUUAAACAAAGUCCUGGUUGCUUCCGGAUUCGGAUUUGGAUGGAGCGGUAAAAAGAAUAAGUCACAUUGGGAGGCACGCUGGAGGAAAGUGCGAACCGUCCUCUCGUAGUCAUCAAUUCGUUUUCAUAGCAGUCGCCCCCUUAUUUAAUUGCUCGUUCGAAGAUUCGAUCUUCCAUGAUCCAGCGAAGUGCAUGCUUGCCAAAUGUAUCCGAGAAAAUGAUAUUUUUUAACGACAAUACAGUUUACCAUGCGUAGAAUCUUAUACGACACUAUCUCACGAGGUCCCCACAUCAUUUUUGUAUGUCGAUGCUCGGAUGACGAGAACAUAAUGUAGGUACAGGACAGGCCAAAUCUUUAAUAUAUUGUUUUUAUCAGACGAUCUGGGAGCUACGUCUAUUAUUAUCGAUUUAGAGCGCAAUAAGUAGUAGUAAAUUAAUUGUACUGUUCAAGUAACAGCUAUCCGUAGAGUUUUUAAGUUUCCCAACCAGUUGCGGUGGUUCGGUUCGACGUAGUUCCCAGUUUCACCGUUCUUAAUCGUAGAUGGCGUAACGACAGCGUG